UACCUGCUAAGAAGACCAAAAUACAAAUACCACCAGUGGAUACCACCCGAGAAUACCAGCAGAGAAGACCAAAAGACAAAUACCACCAGAGGAUACCACCCGAAAAUACCUGCUAAGAAGACCAAAAUACAAAUACCACUAAAAGAUACCAUUAGAGAAGACCAAAAGACAAAUACUACCAAGGGAAACCAUCCGAAAAUACCAGCAGAGAAGACCAAAAGACAAAUACCACCUGAAGAUACCAUCCGAAAAUACCAGCAGAGAAGACCAUAUUUUAAAGACAAAUACCACCAGAGGAUACCAUCCGAGAAUACCUGCAGAGAAGACCAAAAUACAAAUACCACUAAAAGAUACCAUUAGAGAAGACCAUAAGACAAAUACAACCAAGGGAAACCAUCCGAAAAUACCUACAGAGAAGACCAUGUAUCUGCCACCUCAGGACUCGGGUGCACUCCGUGGUUCUGCAGGUCCUACAGGAGUAAUGGAUCCACUCCGCUAUCCCGUUCACAAUGGUGAAUUAUUGCCAACCACCGGAGGCUUGUCUAGCAUAGAUGAGGAAGAGCUGAGCAUAAGAGAAGAGAAGUCUCCUAACUCCUCCUCUUCAAUACUCACUCAAAGAUCAUUGAAAGCGGUAACAAAUCUACCUCUUCAGUCUUCAACUUCAAUUUUGUCUCCACUGGGAGAAGUUUCCUCCUCUUCUACCGACCCGUCAAACGUCACGGUUCUGAACAUCAAUUCGAGUAGUGGAAAAAGCGGCGGAGUGUCUAAGAGACAACCUUCAGACUUGGGAAGUUGGUCUUCUGACAGGUCUAAGCAAGAAGUUGCAAGAACUCGGAGGGAAAGACCACCUAUAACAAAACUUAUUAAUAAUCAAGUGCCUCAAAAACAUACGUCUAUUAACAAACCUCAAGAUUCCGUCGCUGAAUUUGCUUCUAGUCUAACCAAUGCCUUGCUGGAAACCAAGGAUCUCGAGACCGUGGAUCUGAACGACUCCACCGUUUCUCCAGACUUUAUUCAGCAACAUUUCAAUGAUUUAUCGAUGAAGACCUGUAGUCCAUGCGAUGAUGAUUCUUCUGAAUGGAAAUUUAAUCCCAGCGACAUUAAUAGCAAGGAGAAAAAGAGACUCCCCAAAACGCCCGCACCUUCCGUCGAUCACAGUGGCUUUAUAAGUUCUCAGCAUCGACUUGAGAGAAACAAGAUGUCCUUCCCUCUCCACAGCCUUGACUUUUCUCUACCCGAGUCUACAGUUUAUGAGCCAGAACCUGUUGAUUUCCCGAGCUCCCCGGGAGCCUUGAGGGCUUCAGCGAGCGGCUUGAGGUUAGCAGAGGAGGAGGAGGAGGGGGGAAUUGUGUCGCCAUGUGGAGAGAAUGAUUGCGUCUACUCCGCUGUGGCGUCUCCACCUGAUGGUCUCGUCGCCAUGAGGAAGACCGUCCCAUCUGCCUCAGGUAGUGGUCAGCAGGAGCCGAAGACGUACAACAACUUGGACUCGAGAACACAAGGCAGACGUAAGAAGCUCUCCGUCAGAGACUCUACGUCACCAAAUGACAACUUCGAAGACGAUCAUGAGUCUCUAUCGUCCCUUGACGACAAUGAUGAAGGCGAUGACGUUGCACAAAUGUUGUCUCAAGAGCACCUGAAUGAAAUGCUCACCCCUGACGACAUCAACACGCCGGACGAGCUUGAGGAGUCAAUCAUGGAGAGACUUGGCCCCAACAGCCCGGACCAUCCGGGCCGAGGGGGCGGCGCUGCGCCGGACGACAGCGCCUCUUUCCGCGCUGUCGUCAUCCAGGGCAUCGAGCGCAGGAUAGACAUGCAGGUCAUCGAGCCGUAUAAAAAAGUGCUGAGUCAUGGCGGGCAUCUGACGAGCGGUGAAGCGAUCAUCGUCUUCUCGGCCUGCUUCCUGCCUGACCGAGCACGUCAUGACUACGACUACGUCAUGGACCAUCUCUUCAUGUAUGUGUUGACGGCGCUAGACCAGUUGAUCGCUGAAGACUACGUGCUGGUCUACCUGCACGGUGCCACCACGCGCGCCAACAUGCCUUCCUUCAGCUGGCUCAAGCGAUGCUAUCAAAUGAUAGACCGGCGACUGAGGAAGAACCUACAGGCGCUCUACCUCGUGCAUCCAACCUUCUGGGUUAAGACUGUCGUCGUAAUGAUCAGGCCCUUUGUGAGCGCGAAAUUCUCCCGCAAGCUGCGAUUCGUCGACAGUCUACGGGACCUGUCCGCCCUCAUCCCCAUGGAGCAAGUGUGCAUACCGAGCAGGAUCAAGCAGUACGACGACAUAAGGGAGAGUUUGUUGAAAAAAGAGCCAUCUAAUUCUGGUAAAUAGGGAAGAAACAAGGUACAAGAAACAAGGUUAUAACAAUAAAUAUUAAAGGGAAGACUGGACAUACACAGGAAAGCGAUACUGAAACAUUGAACUGACACAUGGAAUUGC